CUCAACAGCUUCAUUCGUGCUAUCGCUGCAGAAUUCGAAUGGUCCUGGAUUACUUUGGCUAUUGGCUAAGUAGAAUUAGUGCGUAGUGUGUAGUGCAAGCCGCGGGCUACUGAAAUUUGGUAAAAUCCACCGGAAACGGUCCCGAUCGGGGUCAUUUUUUGGCAUUUUUCGUCGUGACCAGUGCCUGGGAUCGUCGCCUUUUUUUCUGGUGAAGGAAAUGUCGUCCGUCGUCUCUUGUUGGAAAAAUUACUGCGCGAGUGUCCGCCUCGGGUGGUUGUGAGUGUGCGUGGACUGGAUUGAACUCUGGAGGUGUGCGCCGGUGUGAGUGCGAAGGUGUAUGGACACGGGAAUAAGUGGGGUGGUGUUUGCGAUUUUUUUUGUUCGUUUUCGGUCUCUCUUGGUAGCAGAGCUGGGAGUUGCGAGUGCAGAAGACAGAACCGAUGGUUGUGGGGGUGGCCCGCGCUGGAAGGGAAGCCGAACGAACGAGAUUCAAUUAAAGCAUCAUUUGAUAAUGGAUGACACUUUUUUCUCUGCCAUUUCGGUGUGUUUGUGACUCGUGUGUCGCGUGAGACAGGUUUUUUUUCGGGGCUAAUGGAUGCAGAAUGAAAUCACAAAUUAGUGCGCUCGGAGGGACGGAACAGUUAAUCACGGGAAAGCAGAGACCAAAGCACGGCUGCUCUUUAAAAGCAAGUUCCAAUUAGAAUGUAUAUCCCGUUCGAUGAAACAAACACACCUAGCUAUAAUGAAAUUACGAGAAAAAAUACAUUUUAAGAUUUAAACUUUAGAAAAAGUUUUACAAAAUCAUAAACCUCGCAUUAUUUAUAAAUUAAUUUUAACUAUAAUUAAAUUUUAAAAACAAAAUUAUUAUAUAUUAAAUUAAUUAAAACAAAACAAUUGUAAACUAACACACGUAACUCGCAAACAUUUUAAAUCAAAAAACACAAACACAAAAUGGCUUCUCGGAAAAACGCAAAAUUCUCCACCAAAAUCCAGUUCUAUCUGAAACACAGGGAAUCGCGGAUACUGAAGCUAUGCAACGACACCAUCAGCCCGGUACCGAACGAUUCGCUCACGCGAGCCAUCUUCAAGCUGCUGUCGAAACCGGUGGACAACAGGCGGAUCAUUCAGCUUCUUGCCGACAAGAAACGUCCCUCCACCAAAUCGACUGCCUCGCACAGCACCGUGAAGACGGCUCAACCAACGGCGGCGACAGCGACACCAACGCCGACAGGUUGCACAGUCACAGCAGCACUGACAGCGGCGGCCAUCGCAGCAUCGACAGCCACCUCGUCCACUGCUUCCACACCUGUCAGCGCCCUGUCCCUGUCUCUGCCCGAGUAUCAGAAAGAUGUGGAACGGUUUCGUGGCCGCAUCAUCUGCCAGGACAACACGUGCAUCAUCGAUCCGGCGGCCUCUCCUAAGAACGACAACAAUUCGAAUCCUCGCACUCAUUCCUUCCGAAUUGUCUCGUUCAGCAAGGAGACCACCGGCACCGGCAGCAAGUCAGACACUUCCUCGUCGCCACUUGGCGGUAGCGACGGCGGACGAGAUUCGGUCGGCGAAGAGCAGGCCCAGAAUCUCAGUUCGUCGUCACCUUCGUCUACCGCAUCGACACAAGCUGGCCACAAGGCAAUUCUGAUGUGCUUCAGCUGUAAGCUCAGCUUCGGCACUUGCCGAUCGUUCAUCGCCCACGCCAAGAUGGAGCACAGUCUCACACUGAAUGACUACGAGCGAAUGUUGCUCGAGAGAAACUACAGCAGCGCCAUCAUCCAGACCAACACGGAGAGGCAGUUUUACUUCCUGGUUCCUUUCGAAGAGAAAUCUUCAGCCAACAGCACCACCAAUAACAACAACAACAGCAUCAACACUAGCACUAGCAUUAAGACGACGAUGAUGGAUAGUGAAGAGCGGAUAAGAAGCGGGAGCGGCAUCAACAGCAAUGGAGGAAGUCAACAAACGUCUCCACAGCAACAACAGUCCCUCCAACAGCAGCAGCAACAUCAACAACAGGCGAUACAACUGCAACAACAACAACAACAACAACAGCAACACCAACAGCCACAGCAGCAACAACUAUCGCCUCAACUACAAACGCCGGAUAAAAGCCCCGGUUCCAUCAGCUUCGACGGUGGCUUCCCGAAACUCACCCCCAGCAGUAUGCUCUACGACAUGGACAACAAGCUGCAGGCGAGUUGGAAGCUGGCGGCCGAAAAGUACAACAACGCCAUGAACGAAAGCGUUGCGGUGGCAGCAGCUGCUGCCGCCGCGGCUGCCGUGCAAGAAGAAAAGAACGCAGCCAGCGGAAAAGCGUUGGCAGAUUUUCUGACUCAGCAAAAAAUGCUGUCGGCUGCGGAAAAUCUGUACAGCAAACAAAACAAGUUCCUGGAGUUGAUGAACUCGAAUCCACUGGCAGCGGCGGCAGCGAAAGCGGCUACCGUCAGCACAGGCGUCGAUGGAGCUAGCGAUUUUCACCUGGCCAAAAAGUACAAUGCAAUGGAUCUUUACAAACAGUUGAUGGCUGCCAACAACUUCCGACCGGAGGGGCUGGACACGCUCAAAGAAGAACUAAAGCCCGAACACCAGAUAAGCGUUAAGAAAUUGGAGACUGAUCCGACAGGGGCGUUCCGCGGCAAUUCCUUCGCACCAAAUAUUUCCACGAGGAAUUCCUGCAAAACGCUCAAAUGUCCCCAGUGUAAUUGGCACUAUAAGUACCAAGAAACGCUGGAAAUCCACAUGCGGGAGAAGCACCCGGACGGAGAAACAGCCUGCAGUUACUGCCUAGCUGGACAACAACAUCCCCGUCUGGCGAGGGGCGAAUCCUACACCUGCGGGUACAAACCGUACCGUUGCGACAUUUGUAACUAUUCCACCACUACGAAGGGUAACCUGUCUAUUCAUAUGCAAAGCGACAAACAUCUGAAUAACAUGCAGGAUCUGAACGGAAUGAUGAACAAAAGUAAUCAGAACUUUUUGAAUCUUGCAACCCUUCAAACGAACGAGAAGGUUAACACGUCUCGCAACCAAUACAUGCAAGCCACCUCACCAUUGUCCCUAACCACGAAGCUCACCCAACAGCAAGUCAAAGAAACUCAGCACAGCAACUACGAUGCCAACCGGUCAAAGUCCUUCUUCAAAUGUGACAUCUGCAACUACGACACCAACAUAGCUCGAAACCUGCGAAUUCACAUGACCAGCGAAAAACAUAUCAGCAAUCUGAACUCCCUGCAAUCCAGCUAUAGUCAACUGAAGAACCUUCAAACCAUGUCUUCACCGGAGGGCCUCGACUACUUGAGUGCGUUGAACCUCAACGCUCUCAAGGAAGACAACCCCCUCAACCGCGUGGAAGACUACACCAACAGUUCUCUCAAGUCCCUGUCCAUCCCAUCGUCCCCGUUUGCUCCCAUCGAUCCCACCCCAGUCAGCACCGCCAACAGCACCCCCACGCCAGAAUCCCUCUUCCUCAACAACCCCUCACCUUUUUCCGGUGGCAGUGAACCCGAUCGCAGCACAACCGGCCCCAUCGACUUCCAACAACAGCUAGACGAAGACAAAAACCCGCUCCACUUCGAACCUCCGAUCAGACUCACACUGGACCCGUCGGCUUACUACACCUGUCUGAUCUGCUCGGACUUCGACACCAACAACCUGGAAGAGCUGAAGAAGCACGUGAUCAAGGAUCGCCUCACCUCAAACAUUGCAAUGGAUAGUAUAGUGAUCGCGGCGGCCAGCUGCGAGUGUCACCUGUGCGGCUUCCGGUCGCCAACGGCGGACAAACACGACCUCGAACGCCAUCUCAAAACGGAAGCCCACCUGAAGCGACUUGAUCUGAUGAUUCAUCUGCUCGAAGGGCGGGACAAGGCCAUCGGCAAGCUGAAACAAUUCUGCGGCCCGGAGCUGUUCAAGAAACUCUCGCUGAUCUUCCCCCUGCCGGAGGAAACGAAAUUUCCGUACGAAGAAAUGCCAAGCAUUGGUGAAAUUUCGCGUUCUCCCCUGACGCUGCUGCUGGAACCGAAGACGGAACUGGUCGAGCGGGAGUUCAACGGAGACUGCGAGGGCACCCAACCGCACCCGGACAACGUCCAGAUCAAGUGCAACUGCUGCAACUACUACACGACCUCGCUGGAGAAGAUCGGCAUCCACAGCCUGUCGGAAAAGCACAUUUUCCGGCGGAUCUGUUUCGACUACUUGCUGCUCAUCUCGAGCGAGAAGAACGCAGCCGCCGCCGCCGGUGGCGGUUCGCUCAGUCCGUUGAACCUGCAGCAGAGCAUUAAAAGUGAAGAUGGACGUCCGGGAAGUGCCGCAGCUAUGUUGCUUCGUGGGAGCCAACUCAUGUUGACGUGCGUACCGUGUGGCUUCAAAACGGAUCACAUCUACUACAUGAUCCACCAUCUGAAGAAGUCGUGUAAGGCGGAGCAGAAUAUUAAUCUGCUCGGACUGCGCAAUAUCUUCAAGUUGACCCCGAAGGGCGCCGACUCCCAAGAUGCAAUGGACUCGGCCUCGGCGGCCACCGGGGACAACAACGGUGCCACCACGGUCAACGCCCUGUGCAGCAUCCUGCAGGAGAAGAAACCGUGGAACGGGGAGAACUGCAACGGCAAAGGAAACGCCACAGGGGGCACUGCCGGAAGCAAUGGAAACGGCAGUGGCUCGUCCAAUUCGCCCACCGAGGGCACCUGCAAGGAUCGCUGUCUGGUGUGCAGCGUGUGCAACAAUUUUUCCUCCAAGAAGAUCAACGUCAUGCAGCAUCUGCUGCAGAACCACAACGUCGGCAACGAGCUGCUCGCGCAAGACUAUCCCAACUUGAAUGUGCCAUCCGCGUUGCAGAAGAAACCGUUCGACUAUUUGCGCACGCUGACCGAGGCUAGAAGCGCCCAGAACCUGCGACUGAUCGAGAAGGUCACUUUCAUGAACGAUACGUUCGGCAUGAAAGAGAACUGUAACGAUCUGAAGCAUGGUAACUUGGCGGAGAUAUUGGAAAACUUUAUGGGAGGGAAGGACGAGGGAGAGAAGGUGGAGAAGAAUUCGAUCCAGACGGUUUCCUGCCCGCUGUGUCCGGAGACGUUCCUGGAUCAAGUAAACGUGGAGACGCACGUGAUUCGAGUUCACAACAUCAAGAUGGAAGGCUUGAACAGACUGCUGAAGUUGGUUGAUACCUCGCAAUUUCUUAAGACCACUAAACAACAACAGCAACUCGGCAGUCCGGACAAGUCGCCCAAGAAGGAAACGUCGCCCUCGCCGGAGAUUAAAUGUUCCUUCUGCAAGGUCUGCUUCGACUCCAUGGUAGACCUGAAAAUUCACUGCAACGAAAGCAAUCAUUUUAAGCGUAAUGCCGACUCGGAAGAUCUCGCCUGCUUCUUGAACGACUGCAAGGACGCAUUCGACAAUCUGUCCGAUCUGCACCAGCACUUCAAGGCAAACCAUCUGAACUUUUUGAUCUCGGAGAAUCACACCUACAAGUACCGCUGCAAGCUGUGUCCGUUUGCGUUCAAGACGCACGAGAAGCUGAACAGACAUCUGUUCUACCAUUCGCUGCGGGAGUCAACGAAAUGCUUCUACUGCGAUGCACACUUUAAGAACAUCAACUCGCUGACCAGCCACAUCGCGGAGAAGCACCCGCAGGAGUCGGCUGCGCAAAAGGGAACCGACGGUCAGCAGGAAUCGGCAUCGAUCUUGUUCUUCAAGGAUCUGAAGAGGAAGAUGAUGAACCACAAGAACGGGAUGAGUCCGAAGUCGGACCGUAGUCAAACGCGGGAUAGCGCGGAUGAGGAUCGUUUGAGCGAGAAGUCUAUGAGCAGCAAGAGCAGUUUGUACUACGAGAAGAGUUUGGACGGAUCGGAUGGAGGGGCAGCUGGGUUGAAGUAUUCGUGCAACGACUGCAAGUUCAGCUUCAUGGAUGCGGCGGCUCUGGAGCGGCACGUGACUACGGUGUUCCACAUGCCGAAGGAGAAGGAUAAAUCGACAGGAGAGGGUCUGGCUGGAAUGGCGAAUAAGCAACAGCUGUUCUACGACAUCAAGUCGGAGAAGUUCACCAACCCGAACAGGCCGUUUAAGUGUACGAUCUGCAUGGAGAGCUUCACACAGAAGAAUAUUUUGUUGGUCCACUACAACAGUGUGUCGCACUUGAACAAAUUGAAGAAGUUCAAAUCGGAGAAGCAACAGUUUCCGUUUGCGAUGGGUGAUGGUGGUGGAGAUGGGUGCGAGCAUGGAGGUGGGAAGGAUAUGGGUGGAGGGCAGCAGCUCGAUUUGAAGGCUUUUGGCUUGCCAAUGUUCGGCGAUGUUGGAGAGAAGCGGAAGGACAUCGAAGAAAAGGAAACUGCGCGGAAGAAGUUCAAGUGCGACAUCUGCAACGUGGCGUACACCCAAGGAAGCACGCUGGAUAUUCACAUGCGUAGUGUGCUUCAUCAGACUAGGGCUUGUCGUUUGCAGGAAAGGAACAUGUUCGGUCAACUUCAAGUAACUGACAAGAAGAAGCCCGAAUUUCCAUUGAUACAAACAAUUCCGGAAAGUCACGAAUCCCCGAACUUCAUCGACGAUACACCACUACGAAAAAUUAAAUCUCCGGCUGAACAGCAGCGGCAGCAGCAGCAGCAACAGCUGCAACAACAACAACAACAACAACAACAGCUUCAUCAGCAAGAACAACCGCAGCCCCCGCCAAUGCAACAACAACAUUUGCUGAAUCCUAUGCUCGGUGCGUUUGGUCUGGGUGCUGCUGCUGCCGCUGCAAUCGAUAAACCUGAGAUAGCUCUGUGUGAAUGCUGUUUCCAAGUUUUCCCAAAUAAGGCUACGCUUGAAACGCAUCUUGAAUUAAGUCCCGAAUGCUCGGCCGUUAAGAAGAAGAUCAUGGAGAACAACGCUGCACCGGAGAGCUUUAACGACAGCUUCCAGCAGCAAGCUCUCAAUGAACUCGCCAAGGUGAACAAUCCCCUCCCCGGGUUCGACUUUACCCCGGAAGCCCUUUUAGGAAAGACUCCUUUCCCACUGGAUCCGACCGCCAAUCUUAUGGAUCCGAACUUUUUGAAAAACGCCUCGCUCUUACAAUUUGCCACCGACCCCAACAACAAGCUCGGUCCAAAUGCUCUAAACGUACUGAACUUUAUGCACUUCCAUCACCUGAUGUCCCUCAGCUACUUAAACCUCGCACCGCAGUUGAACUUUGGAGCUGUUCCACCGAAGGUUCCAGAUAUCAACGCCAAGACCGAUCUUGAAAAGGUCAUUCCAGUAGACAAAACCAAGUUGUCGUCGGUCGUACUACCACCUAAUUUAAACGGGAAAUCUCCACUCGAAAUGAACCUCAUGCAGCACAGUCUGGAAUCCAAGCUUCCUCCACAACCCCCUCAACAACAGCCGUGCACCCAAAAACGCGCCCGAACUCGCAUCACCGAUGACCAGCUCCGCAUUCUACGCUCGCACUUCGACAUCAACAACUCGCCCAGUGAAGAGAGCAUCCAGGAGAUGUCCCUCAAAGCAAACCUCCCGCCCAAGGUCGUCAAGCAUUGGUUCCGCAACACGCUCUUUAAGGAGCGCCAACGCUCCAAAGACAGUCCUUACAACUUCAGCAUUCCUCCUUCAACCAAGCUCAACGUCGAAGAAUAUGAACGCACCGGCGAAACUAAGGUAACCGAUCUCCAAUCCAACGACUCACAGGACACCUCGCAGAACUCCACCGAUACGAAGCUGAACGAGAUCAAACAGAGCUUCUCGAAAUCCUUGAUGGAAUCCUUGUCAAAGCAUCAGGCCAGCCAGGAGAUGGGAAACCUUCAGCUAAGCAAGAAUCUUUUUCCGGACCCUUUUGGGACCCCGGACUUUCAAACCCAGCACGAGCAAGCCGCCCAACUUCAAGCCAACGUGGUCAAUUUUUUCUCCCAAGCCCCCGAAGUAACACCAAGUAAAAAGAAAAAAAUCAAAUCCGAAUCCUCCAAUGCGUCCCCCAUUCCGGCAGAUCUCCAAAUCGAUUCCACCAACUCCAGUCCUCUCCCGAUGCGUCCUCCCAGCGCCAUCUCCCUCAAGAAACACAUGUCCGACCCGCGCCCCUCUCUCGGCACGCCGAUCAUGAUGGAAGAACUAAAAAAUCCUAGUCCCAUUGACAGCCCGGUCCUAUCACCGCCCAGCUCUAUCGCCGGUGGCAUGCUCCCACAGCAGAUGUCGCAGAACCAGGCCAUCACCUGCUCGAACGGAAAGCGCGCCAAUCGCACCCGAUUCACCGACUACCAGAUCAAGGUGCUGCAGGAGUUCUUCGAGAAUAAUUCCUAUCCCAAGGACAGCGACUUGGAAUAUCUCAGCAAACUGUUGAUGCUCUCGCCGAGGGUCAUUGUCGUGUGGUUCCAGAACGCCCGCCAAAAGCAGCGUAAGAUCUACGAGAACCAACCGAAUCCGACCUUCGAGACGGACGACAAGAAGGGCAUCAACAUCAACUACACCUGCAAGAAGUGCAACCUGGUGUUCCAGCGGUACUACGAGCUGAUCCGCCAUCAGAAGAACCACUGCUUCAAGGAGGAAAGCAACAAGCGGUCGGCGAAGGCCCAGCUGGCCGCGGCCCAGAUCGCCCAUUCGUUCACCAGCGGCAGCGAGGAUUCGGACUCCAGCAUGGACGUGAGCCGUCGCGAGUUCCAGCCGCGCGAGAACGAUUUCCCCCUCUAGGGGUCAGCCCCGGACACUCGAGUGCUCGAGUGUUCCAACUUCUUCGGUAACUUUGGUUAAUAGAACCUCGCAUCCCAGUGAUUCCACGCAGCAAAAGUCUUCUGUUAACUGUGUACUACUUUUAUUGUGUAUCGUCGCGUACCACCGCCAGUUUCGAUCUAUUUACCCUAAGUUUGUCUGAAUUCCUCAGGAGUUAAUUUUAAAACUAUAUUUUCCAGUGAUUUCGUACAUUCCAAACCCCUUUAUUAGUUAGUAGCGCUGGCGCCAUUUUGUCUUUCUUUUUUUAGGUCGUCCAAAUUAUUCGAUUGAUUCUUUUAAACCCCUUUUUAUAAAGCAUGGAUUUUUCUAAUGUUUGAAAAAUAUUUCUUUUACAUUCCAAAAUCAAAUCUACACUAUUUUUAUAUACAAUUUAUUGAGAGAAAAUCGUAACGAAAAUAAUUCCCCGCAUCAAAUGUAAUGUGAAAGUUCCUAAAAGUAAAAGCAAGCAAGAUGAACGAGAACGGCGUUGUAGUGAAAUGCGAAACGAAAGCAUUGUUUGUAACUCAUUUGCCAUAAUUGAAAUGAAUGAAAGAGCGUCGAGAAACUAAGAAAAAGAAACAACAGCAAACAUAGCAACAACUAAAAGAAACCAGAACUGCUAUAAAACACAUAUAGAUAAUUAUAUUGUUUUGUCAUUUUUAUUAUUGAUAAAUUUUAUUGAAAAGCAGGCGAAUAAAUCCAAGCAACAUCAUGGAGAUUGUUAUGAAAACAAAAACUAAGCAAAAACCAA